CAACAAUAACAAUCAGUCAUCGAGUGUGUGAAGAGACGUCCGUCAGCAAAGCCGAAAGUGUUGUCCUUGCCGUGUCAAAAUUUCAGUCGAAUUGUGCAUGUUUUUAUUUGAUUUUGGAAUGCGUUGUUGACCAGAAAAAAAACUAACCAACAGCAAAUAGUGUAGUAUGUUCUAGUGUUGAUCUAGUGUAAUCGUUCUAAGUUUGUGUCGCGUUAAAGUAAAAGUUUAACUGUUAUUCAUUACUGUUAUUUUUGUUUUCGACGGCAGAUAAGGAUGUGGAAAUCGACAGCGGGUCGCGAUAUCGACGUCAGCACCCUGGCGCCGGCCGAGGAUGACGAUUGGGAGACUGAUCCGGAUUUUGUGAACGACGUAAGCGAGCAGGAACAACGAUGGGGCUCAAAAACGGUAGAGGGCUCGGGGCGCAGUGCCGGCGCAAUAGAUAUGCAACAGUUAAGAGAGGAAACCGAGCGGGCUGAUGCGGACAAGAAGCAGAAGGAUGGUCCCAAAUCUUCCCACGGGUAUGGUGGCAAGUUUGGCGUCGAGAAGGAUCGAAUGGACAAGUCGGCUUUGGGACACGAUCACCUCGAGAAGCUGGAAAAACACGCCUCGCAGAAAGAUUAUUCAACCGGGUUCGGUGGUAAAUUUGGAGUACAGAAGGAUCGGGUUGAUGCAUGUGCUGCCAGUUGGGAUCAUAAGGAAAAGGUGGAGAAGCAUGCUUCGCAGAAGGACUAUUCGGCUGGGUUCGGGGGAAAGUUUGGAGUGCAGAAAGAUCGAGUGGACCAGUCGGCCGUUGGCUGGGAUCACGUCGAAAAGGUCGAUAAGCACGAAUCGCAGAAAGACUACAGCAAGGGGUUCGGGGGAAAGUUUGGCGUGGAGUCGGAUAGACAGGAUAAGUCAGCCGUCGGAUGGGAUCACGUUGAAGCGCCACAGAAGCAUGAAAGUCAGCUGGAUCACAAAGUGGGCUUUGGAGGUAAAUUUGGCGUACAGACCGACCGUAAAGAUAAAUCCGCCCUAGGUUGGGAUCAUGUCGAGAAGACGCAGAUGCAUGAGAGCCAGAUUGACCAUAAGAUUGGAUUCGGCGGUAAGUUCGGGGUGCAGAGCGAUCGGAUGGACAAAUCGGCUCUAGGUUUUCAGGAGCAGGACAAAAUUGGCACCAACUACACGAAAGUUAAGCCGGACAUCGGCUCGGCGAAACCAUCCAACAUUCGAGCUCGGUUCGAGAAUUUCGCUGCGGCCGCCGAGGAAGAAACCAGGAAAAAGGCAGAGGAACAGAAGCGACUGCGAGAAGAAAAAGACCGAAAGGACAAGGAGGAGGCCACUAAGCGAUUGAAUAACGUCACCGAAACCAAUGAGCCCAAGAAACCGGAACGAAAGGGGCCGAUCAAUACUGGUCGCGAACAAGGCGUUGGAAGCACUAUCAGCAACUUCAAUAAGCAGCCGGAUGCUGUACCGGAAACAAUAAGGAAGGAGCAAAUCGUACUACCAAAGGGAGACCCACAGCCAGUGGUGCAACCGGAUGUCAUACCGACGACUGUGUUGCCCGUUCAGCAUCAGGAACCAGUUAAGCAUCAGCUACCAGCUCAACCUCAGGAACCAGUUCAGGUGGAAGAAGUCCCAGCUCAAAUACACACUUUCAAAAGCCAGCCGGUUACCGAGCCAGAGCCACAACCAGAACCCGUGCCGACGGCUGUUAGUGUAAUAGAGCAACCGGUAUUGUCCCAGCCGGAACAACCGCCUCAACCGGAGGUUAUGCCCGAUCAGGAAGAAGCAGAGGAAUUCAUUCUGUCCGCAGAUAACCCGGGAGUGCAGGCGAUUGCCCUGUAUGACUACCAGGCUGCAGCAGAUGACGAAAUUUCAUUCGAUCCGGACGAUCGAAUUACUCACAUUGAGAUGAUUGAUGAGGGCUGGUGGAGAGGAUUGUGCAACAAUCAGUACGGGCUGUUCCCGGCUAAUUAUGUGCAACUAAUUCAGUAGACUUGCACAUCGUUGAAGACUCCUCAGCAAGCGCUCAAAGCAUUUAACAGGAGUUCUAUUAUUUAUAGGUUUAUGUUUAAUCAAGCGCACAUCUUAUUCUUCACAGACACACGCAUUUGGACUGAUUUGCCACAACGAGUAAGGACUACUGACAUUCCGUGACUAAUGCGGGCAUUUUUAUUUUGCAACCAUUUUAUACUUUAUUUUCAAAGAUUUUAUUUGAAGACAUUAUUUUAAAGCAGACUGCGUACUCUUUGUUGUGUAACUCGAAAUAAUCACCAUCCCUCUUCCAAGCUUUGUUCUAAACAGUAGGGUAGGCUGCGUCAAAACAUUAUAAUCAGUCAACCAGUCGUAUAAACAACGGAACACGAAGAAAUACUUAUCAUAUAGUGUAAUUUGUUCGAAAUAUAACUCAAAAAUCUUACUUAUUAACAAUA